UGUGUGUAAUUUACGUGUCCGACGCCAUUGGCACUAGAGUUUGUUUUUAAAUUAUUAGUUAGGAACAAAUUGUAUUAGAGAGAAAAUGAGAAUCGAAGCAUCGGAGUUGUUUUGGUUGAAUAAGACUGUGUACAGCAAUGCCGAGAGGUUAUAUUACGAGGAGAGAUGUAUUCAUAUGAUCGAGCAGGUUCCCGCUGUCCGUUCGAGAAAGAGCAAAAAGAAGAUCAAGGCCAUGGCGGCCCGACAGAAUCCACAAAAUGUACCAUACUUAAAUCCCCUCACGCUGGAGGCCAACUUCUUUUUGGAAACCCUUGAGGAGGUGAGCCGCAACAACGAUGUCGAAUUGGAUCAACAUUUGGCAACGCUGCUGGAGCGCGUUAUGUUGGGCAUCGAAAAGUACUUGGACCGAAAGCCCACCUACAUAGUGCCUGGAGAAGGUGUGGUCUUUGUGCCUCCGCAGGAAUUGCAGAAAAUCAAACGCACAUUCAAUUGCACAGCGUGUGCCAACCAAAUGGUUGGCAAGCACAUUUCUAAGGUUGUGACGCAUUUGUCCGAAAAGCACCAGAGCCCGGAUAACGGAGUGCCUGCAGCGCAGCAGUGGAAGCAGAAUAGGAUACCGACCGAGGGGGCCCCACGCAAUCGAUUGAUAGACGUUCUGCCCAAGAAAGCCAAAGCCUUGGUUAUGUCCGAUCUCACAAAAAUUUUCAAGGAGAGAUAUGGUGUGGCCGACAAGCUGAAAGUGAUACCUGAAUACGAUUUAAUCGAGGAGGAUCUAAUAAAGGUGCUGACACCCGUGUUUCCAAAUAGCGCGAUGCGCAUUUACAAGUUCGGCUCACGCAUAACUGGCAUUGGCACACGCUGUUCCGAUCUGGAUAUAUUUGUGGAUAUUGGGAACACAUUCGACACAUUUGAACAUCGCGCCUCCAAGGACACGUUGGGCAAGCUGCGGGCCAUGCGUCCAGUGUUUUGUUCCAGCAACAAGUGGCGCAUCGUCAAUGUCAUCGAGCAGGCGCGCGUUCCAAUCAUCAAGCUCUCCCAUCUGUUGACCGGCAUAGAGUGUGACAUAUGCCUGAAUAGCCUGGGCUUCUGCAACUCGAACCUAUUAAAGUACAUAUUCGAGACGCAGCCUUUGGCUCAAUACAUGUGCAUAUAUGCAAAAAACUGGCUAGAACGCUGCAAGCUGACAGACAUCUCCACUUACAGCAUUGUUUUGAUGGUGAUAUAUUUCAUGCAGCUGCAUGGCUUGCUGCCCUCGGUUUUUUCCUUGCAACAUGAACAGCCGUUGAAUCAGUUUGUUGGACCUUGGAUUGUCAACUUUGGUCAGAAAACUUUGCAGGAUCUGCGUCUGCCGGAAGCCGAUACGGAUGUGCAGACAGUUCGGAACCUUUUGAGGUCAUUCUUCACCUUCUAUUCCACAUUUGAUUACGAGCGUUUCUUGGUGUGUCCAUACUUUGGUAGCCGUGAUAUCCAAAUUCAGCAUGUUGAGAAGCUAAUGCCAAACCGUUUUACUCAAUACAUCAGGGAUAAUCCCGAGUGUACAUUGCAAUUGCGAAAGCCAAUGGUUGUCCAGGAUCCCAUGCAGUUGAAUCAUAAUGUAACGAAGGCGGUAACACGAUAUGCACUGCAGACGUUUAUAGAUUAUUGCCAGCAGACGGCAUCUCUAAUGGGUGAGCCAUCGACCAACUGGCGACAGCGCACAUAAACAUAGACACAAAAGUAAACAAAACACAGAAUUCUCCUAAAUUCUGCUAUCUGCUCUUAGUUUCGAAUUGAUGUUUAUCAGAGUUUUCUUUUUGUAAAUAAAUCGGAUAUUUUUGCAACG